CGCAAACCAAUACCACCGUAUACGUACCGUGCUUCAUAAAAUACAUCUUUUCCCCUGUGAACAAGUCAUUGUUGGGUUGAGUCGAAACUUGUCCCAAUGUCGACAGAAAAGGAUUUUCCGAUGCCGCCUUCCCAGGUUUACAACGAACAGCAGAUUGCGGAUUCGUUCGGGACCGCUUUUGAUCAGCCCAAAGUCUUGGAAGGAUACGUGGACGAUAAUGCCGACGCCGAGCCCUUUCGUUACUUGUCUCAUUGGUACGUGACGGACCGAGCGAGUCCGACACCAAUGCAGCGUGUGGCUUUGCCGGCGGAUUAUGUCUUUGCACAAAAAUCCCUCUCGAUUGCGGGUUGGUUACAGCCCUCCACGUCGGCCUCGAAGUCGCCCGCUUCCAGCAACCUUAGUAUUACUGCACCGGAACCCAUCUUUGUUACCCUGGACGCUGCCGAAUACCUCGCCUUUGAUCGAACCCGACGUUACCGAGGAUACUGGGUUGGCACUGCGGACGCCCUUUACUGGCUGCAGCAACCCGAGACUAUGCGCUGGAACGGCGCUCUCUCGCAACAAGACUUGCACGUGGAAUGGCGGGCCGCGCUAGCUCUAUUGAGUAACUUGUUGGAUCUUGUCUUCACUGACGAACGCACUGCGGCUGUGUACGCUCGUUCGACUAUGUUGGAUACCUACAAGGCACUCACGGAUCAGCGCGGAUACGAACCGUUUGACAAGGAACUGCUAGUGCACUUGCGCAAAUUGGUCAAGCCACAUUUGCUUGAAGCACACCCGGCCUUGUUGCAGGAUUGCAAGUUUCUGAGAUCCCUCAUGACAUACAAACCCCCCAAGUUGGAUAGCCUUACACCAGAACGCAUUCUGGAAUCCAUUGCUGUUGCGGAAGCGCGGUCCCAGAUUCAUCCCUGGGUCAGAAAAGACCAAGUCAAGCCGGCAACACCCCUUCAGAAGCAAUCAUAGUGCCACAUUUGCCAGUGAUACCACUGUUGCUUUGGACCCACCCUUGGCAUCAGCUUCUCCUUUGGAGGUAGCCUUGAGGUCUCCACUGGAUCUAGACCAGGACCUUUUGGACAAAGCCAUCAAACUGAAAGAUGUGGCAACAGGCCCAUCCAUACAGGCACCAAAUGCAUCUAGUGCUCCAUCUUCUUCAACAGAAUCUGCAGGCUCUGCAAGCAAGGAAUACUCUUUAUCAGAUGAGAGCACC